ACUCAGACUCUGGUAGAGGAGCCUUGAAGCUGUGAAGACUCAGAUGGACUGCAAAACUGUUCUUCUGUAAGUGGCACUGUCACAACAGCUUCGCACCAAAAGUACCUCCAGGUUCUGGAUCGUCCUGUUGAUGGUAUACAGAGUGCGUAGGUGAGAAUACAGCUCUUGAACAAAAUGGCAACAUCCACUGUUGGAAAAUCACCGCCAAACAAGAAUGAUGCCAAGAAUGCUUCUCUUGCAAUGAAGAGCAGGCAACAAGUUAUCAGUGAGGUCAACAAGCGAAGGACCCUGUUGCAAGAUAACAGCUGGAUAAAGAAGAGGCCUGAAGAGGAAAACGCUGAUGAAAACUACGGCAGAGCGGUGCUUAAUCAAUACAAAUCACAAGAAGGCUUACACAGGAACACAGAAGAAAAUGGAGAUCAAAAAGCUUUAAUUAGCCGUUAUAGAUCUGACACUACUUUAGACAGGAUUUCUGGCGGUAGUGAUGCUGACAAAGCAAAUAAGCUUCCCACUUUCGAUGGCCGUUCAAAUAAGAGCAAGGAACCUGAUGUAAUUCUUAGCCCUGACAAUCCCACAUCACCUGUGAAAAAGAAAAGGCAGUCAUGGAUGCCUCCCACUGUCUCAAAUCAGAAAACCACCAAAGAGGAUGUCGAACCAAAAAGGCAAUCCUGGACCAAGUCAAACACAGCUUCGGGAAUUGCUGUCAAUAACAAACCAGUUUCUCCUUCUUCAGAGAAAACUGGUGGACCAAAAAUGACUAUCUACUCCUCAGAACCAAUUGCUUCUCAAAAAGAACCAAAAGAACCGAUUGCAUCUCCAAAAGAACCAGUUGCAUCUCCAAAAGAACUCGUAUCUCCGAAGCCAAAUGUUGUUGCAAAUAAUCGACCUACCACAAGGCAGAUAUCUCCACUGAAAUCCAAUGAAACAGAUGCUAACAGACCUCCAACUACAGACAGAGCUGGAAGAAACCAAGACUUGGAAAACCUCAUUAAAGUCAAAGCCAAAGAGAUUAAAACCAACCAGAAAAACCAAGGCCUGGACAAUUUCACUCAGGACAAAGCCAAAAUUAAGAAACAAGACCAGAGACGCCAAGAACUGGAUGAUGUCACCCAAGUAAACCAUGCAUCUAAUGGACACAGCAAGGGAGAAAGGAACCUAGAUGACUCCAUUACUGAGGAGAACGCUGAAGAAAAAGACAGAAGAAGCCAAGAAUUGGAUGAUCACCUAAUAAUAAAAUCCCCUGGUGUGGAUCAAAAUAAAAAAUGGACAUCUGAAAAAGACUACAAAGUUUUCAACAUCCCAUCCAAGCAGUCUGAUACAGAGAAUUUAUACCAGGUCACAAAAGGAUCCAGCUAUAAUGGCUCAAGCAAUCAUUCCCAUCCAAAGAACACUACUGUGUACACAAGAACAUAUGAAAAUAGUCGAUUCCCCCAUGAUGUUAAUCAAGACAGAAUCUCUGGAAAAUCCAUUAAAACAGUGUAUUCUACUUCUGAUAGGGCCAUUAUUGAAAAAGAAAUGUGCACCUACUGCCGGAAGCCCUUGGGUUUGGAUACCAAGAUGAUUCUUGAUGCCUUACAGAUUUGCUGCCAUGCAUCUUGCUUCAAGUGUGAAGCCUGCGAAAAACCUUUGGAGAACCUGAAGGCUGGAGACAGCAUUUGGAUUUACAAGAACACAGUGCAUUGCACCCCUUGCUAUUCGAAAGUGAAAGCAUCAUGGGCUUACUAACCUUUACUGACAUCAGAUCAAGUGUGAACUCGGAUGAAAAACUAUAUGCAUUUUAUCUUGGAAAAUCAUUAUUUUUAAAAGGAUGAGUGAAGUAUUCUAAAGAUUGCCAUAAACAGGAAACACUUCAGGAGAUACAAAUAGACAACCUCUCAAAGAAAAACAUCAAAUAUCACAAGCUUAAAAGAUAUCUACGUUAGCAGCAAAAAGUGUCUAAGACUUCACUCCUAUAUGCACUUAACUAGGAGCAAUCUCAGAUUAACCCAGUGGUGUAUAGUUCUGAGUAAACAUGCAUUGAAUUACAUGAUAAAUGUAUCAUGAGAUGUUAUCUCUUUUGACCUUGACUAAAUUUAUAUUUUGUUUUCAUAUUCAUGGAAAGUUCACACAUGCAACUUCAUGUGAAUGAGUCAGCACAACUAUAAUUUAAUUUUAGCACAAGUAUAGUGGGUUUCCAUUCUGAGUUGUGCUUUAAAUCCUUCAUCUUUGUGCAAGAAUUCUGGCUUCAAUCCUAAAUUAUCUUCUCAAAGUCAAUUGGUAAUAGUAGUUAGUUAUGGCUGAUUGUAGAUCAAGUAACUUCCCUGGAUUGCGGUCAGUGCACACCAAUCUCAAAGAAAAGAGGAAGCAAUAUACAGACCAUCUGCAACAUCAUAUUUGAUAAAACCAGUGGAUUUCCUCAAGAAUGACUUGUUGUUUGGUCAAGGAUUGUGGAUGGGAUCAGAGCUCUGUCUUUGAUAGACAAGCUGAUUGAGGUAUGCUGCUGGGCACUGUAGUCCUCAAAGUAACUUUUCCAAACUUUCAAUGAGGUGGUACAUGAGAUGGAAGAUAGGGAGUUAGUUAUUACCCAGGCCCCUUGCACACAGCUGAAUAAAAUCCCACAUUUUCUCCUUUGAACUGGAAUAUAUGGCAGUGUGGACUCGGAUAAUCCAGUACAAAGCAGAUAUUGUGGGAUUUUCUGCCUUGAUAUUCUGCGUUAUAUUGCUGUGUGUAAGGGCCCCAAGAGAGGGAGAACUAGACUAUAUGUCUUGAGACUGGCACUUAUUUGGACAUACGUACAUGCAUUAACAACUUCUUUAUUAAACUCUAUGUCCACACACAAUGAUCCUGCAAGCACUUAGCUUCCUGUAUCUCAAUGUUAAAUAUUUCAGGGAUGAGGACCCUGCUAUUCUGUAAUUGUGUAAUAUAUUUUUAAAGUCAUGCUUUUGCCAAUGUAUGAUGUAUGUCUGUGCACAUAUUCCUUUCUUUAAGUAUAUGCAAGCAGCUUAGCACACCUGGUGACAAGGAAUAUAGACAAAUAUAUUUGAUGAGAAAACUAACUAGAGCGUAGUAUCAAAAAUACAAAUAUAAAUAAAAUAUUCUUUUAAAAUA